UACCAUUGGAGGAGACGAGAUCACAGCCCUCUUUCUCUCUCUGUCUAGCAUCACACCUCCUUGCUAGCUUCACCCACCUGGACUAUCCCAGGCUCUUGUGUCCAAAUGUUUCUGCAUAUAAGAACUUCCAUAGCCACAGCGUUUGCCUCUUCAUCCUAACUUUAGUCAUCCAACAAGAGCUUAACCUCCAUGGCUAAGAGUAAAAAGAUUUUCACCAACACCCUCAGGCUCCUUGCCUUGGCUGCUACUGUGGUUGCAAUUGUCUUCAUGGUCACCAGCCAUGAAUCUGCCCAAGUCUUGAACUUAACAUUCACUGCAAAAUAUAGCAACACACCAGCAUUCAAGUACUUGGUGAUUGGAGAGGCAAUUGCAGGUGGAUACACCGUUAUAUCUAUCCUUCUCUCGUUCAAAGGCCUGUUUUGGCGCUUGAUUGUAAUCCUAGAUAUGGUCACAACAGUGCUACUCACAUCAAGCAUUUCUGCUGCGGUGGCAAUAGCUCAAGUGGGCAAGAAAGGGAACACUCAUGCUGGUUGGCUACCAAUUUGUGGACAGGUUCCUGAUUUCUGCGACAAUGUGACUAUAGCUCUUAUUGCUGGUUUUGCAGCAGCAAUAAUUUACUCUGUGCUUCUUCUCUGUUCUCUCUAUGUUGUCCUCAGUCCUAUUUUUGUUGCAAUACCUUAGAUAAGCUUCCUUUGAGUAAAGACUAAAGAUACUGUAAUUUCAUCUAUACAAUUUGGUUAGCUUAUAUGCCUUCUCUGUUUCUCAAGGACUGCUUAACCUGUUAAAGAAUAUAUGCACUUCUUCCCCGACUGAUGAUCAUUUAACAUAUCGGUGUAGCAUGCUUGCUUUAGUUAUUGUCUUGUAGAUAUGACAGUAGGAACCCUUAGAAAGGAUUUUCUUGGGAAUCUUCAUAUGGCUUGCUGUUUGAGGCAACCACCUC